AUGGAGCAAGGACUCGAUGAGCUGAUCGAGUCACUCCUCACAAAGAUUGCAUUCUCGGGAUUGGAAGGACUAUCUGCCCUUGCAUUUGUAAAGGCAGUUUCUUCCUUCUAUCGCCAAGGCAGUGAUGCGAAUGGUGGACAAGCAGCUUCCAACGACAAACAAGUCACGGCAGAGGAAGUUGCGCACGCGUCAAUCGUUUGGCGAUGGGUCACAAAAAGAAAAGAUGUCAUUGUGACACCCAAGAGUGCUGCAACCCGGCCACUCGCAGAUCUAGUUACCCAGCUCAAGUUGUCUGACCCAUCCACCAAGGCAGCAACAGAGCAGAGUAAUAAUGAUGAAGAUUCGUCAGACGAGACUGUUCAGGACCAUGUCCGUCUACUUCUGUCAGAGGAACGACAAUGGAGGGCUAUUGCAGGCCAUGGACCCGACUACAAACGGAUCCCCGUCUUUGAAUGGAAGGCCCUCGUCGCCAUUGCUUCCGUAGGGACAGCGGGCAUUCUUCAGGGAGACCUUACGAGAUUGACGGGUCAAGACAAGCGCUCCUUGCCUACACGCACUGACGCUCUGGCACGAAAAGGAUAUAUCAUCAAGAAACAGACCAUGCUUCGAGGAUGUAAAACGAGCAAGCUGUGGCUAGCUCAGUUCUCCGAUAGCGUUCAAGAUGACGACGAUGCGCCUCGCGGAUUGCCAGAAGAUGUUCUCAACACUCCAGCAAGUGAGAUCACGGACAAUUGGGACCCUGUUCCUUUCAGCCACUUGUACAGCCAAGAGCCGCUCAAUUACUUGUCCAUCUCCCAAGCUUUUCUAAUGAUCCUCAAAGCUUUCACGGCUAUGCGGUACUGCGAUCUCCGCUCGAAGAUGAACGUAGAAGGACAUGUUACCAUAAUGCGUGGACUCGCCAAAUCCUCGCGCUGGUGGGCUCGGGUGGGAGUGGUGCGAUUUGAGCCAAUGCAUUCCAAGCAGAAAAACAAGCUGUUCAAAGAUUGUUUAAAGUACGUCCGGGAUCCAACACCCAAAGAGUGGGUCGACUAUAUGAGUACUCCAAAGGCCAACCUCAGAAUCCCUUCUACCCGGCGGAAGAACAAGAAGUCUGCUGCAUCCAAUGUCGACUCCGCGAUGGAAAUGUCACCUCAAACGCAGAAGACUGGUAAAAGCUCUGCAGCCAAAAAGGCGCAAAGACGAGCUCCUCCGAGCUCUGCAUUGAUCAAACUGUCAGCUUGGGAUCCUUACAAACCUCUGACUAGCACCUUCUUUGAGAUAAUCAAACGUGGCAGUGAAAAGGGCUCCUCAAAUACCGAGCUUGGCAUGUUCAAUCUUGGCUGGCCGUAUCGCAAGUUUAUCUCUACCUUGACCACCUUGAUCAGCUUACCGCGUUCCUUGCCACCGCACCUACAACCAUUUGCUGUCCACUCGGACUUUACGCGAGUAGGAAGGACAAUGACGUACAAGUUCUAUGCGCAUCAGGGCCCUCCGAAAAGUCUUGAUGGCUUACCAGAACCUACGGGACAAGUAGAUUCCAAAGAAGGAGAUAUUCCUACACACGGUAAUGAGUCUCGAUCAGAGGACAAUCCUUUCCCUGCUCCCCUUUCAAGCCAGUUUUUGAAAUCGGGUGGUCGAGCAAGAGGAUACAGGCCGGUCUUGGGAACCAGGGCUAUCCAGAGAGUCGGCCACAAACGGGACGAAGUUGACGAAGAUGAUAUUGUGCCUGCUGCAAGAAAGAGAGCGAGACGCACAUCACCUGCACAUAGAGAAUCAAGCCCGAGAGAGCAAACUCCUCCGCCAUCUCUACCGCCAGGCGUCUACUACGGGAAGAAGAACUCUCUAGACCCUUUCAAGAGCAAAGGUCGGCCACGAAACUCGAUCGUCAUGAAAUUUGUAUCACCAGCUCUUCGCGAUCCCCAGUUCUUCAAUCAACCUAGACCAAGCGUUGAAACCAGGGCUAUUGAGACUCCCCUUCCAGAAGCCACGAGCCCAUUCGAACUCGAAGAGGAUCCAGAGACUGCAGAGACACCCAAUGUUGACGCGACGCCGGUUGCCCUCGAGACACCGGUUCAAAGACGACAGAAGGCGGCACGUGGCCGAGGGAGCAGCAACAAGCGAUUUCAAUGUGACAAAUGCGGUGUUGGCUACAAAAACAUCAAUGGUCUUGAAUACCAUCAAAAGAAGUCGCAGACCGUCUGCAAUCCUGAUUGGCAACCUGCUCCUCCCCCGGCUCCUAUGGCGAAGGCGCCACCCAGUCGAGACGAGCAACGCACUGGCGAAGCCCUGCAGAAUGAUGCAAAUGAAUCACCGGAGAGAACAUCUGCGACCCCUAAGCGGCCACUUCCAUCGCGCCGGCCAAAACUCGCAGAGUCUGCACCACCUCUCCCAGCUCAAACGACCAGAGCUGCAACUCGUAGUGUUACUGUGCAACCAGUAGCGGUACAUGGCGUACUUGACGUGUCAGCGACUGGCAAGACACGAAAUACGGAGACGCCACAGCGAAUAGAAGUCAGAACGGCCCCGGUAGAGCACCAUACCCCUCUUGCCGCGGUCUCUCCUGCUAGGACAACACCUGCGGGGAAUACCAACAGUGCUCGUGAAACCCGCGCUCCUUCGAGUUCGGCGGGAGGCCAGAAACUCUAUGGCAAGCACAAGGCAGAGCAGGAUCGAAAAAAAUUCACAAUCGAGCUUGUACUUGAGCUCCUUGAGCGAAAUGACCAGGUCCUCCCUGGCGAUGUCUCACUGUACUGUCUGGUUGCUUCCACUUGGAGCCGAGAAGUCAAACGUGCUUCUUUGCCUGUUCUGGAAUGGAAACAAUUCCAGAAACUUAUCAAAAGCAUGGAAAGAGAGCACAAGAUUACAGCUCAUCACUUUGGCAAGAUCUUUCAUGGUUCUUUUCAACCUAUCUCUGUCAUCUGUCGUGGUUAUUACCAUACAAAUUCACAGCCCAUGCCAGACAGUAUCUCGAAAAAGAUUGCCGAGGUCAAGAACAAGUGUGAGGAGCUUUAUCCAAAUCCCUACGUUCCGAGUCGUUUGUCAAUCUCUAAGCAGGAGCUAGAGAUGUGUACGGAGCUCGCUAGGAAACACCGUGGCUUUCCGGCCCAGGGUAGCAACGUUGACACGCCAUCGGAAACCGCUGCAAAGAACAUUGCAAGACUAGACCAUGAAAAACCAUCAGCUCGGUCAGGCACUACAGGCCCCCCAACCAACCAGAAGACAGGAGAUGAUAGCGACGAUUCAGUGCAACCCCGAAGCGCAACAAGCCGCCGAAAACGAAGACGAACGGAAGCUGUCGGCCAUGCCAGCGAGGCUGAUGAUGAUUUCCAAGUCCACAAGCGCGGUAGGCUAUCAAAGCUUCGCACAGGUUGGCGGGCUGCUGCCAAACUCGACACCCGAUGGGCCAUGGAAGUCGCUCCUCCAGGGCUCGCACAAGCUCUCGAAGCAUCGUCCUCGAUUCACUUUAUUGCGCCUACAACGCCAGAAACAUUCGAGAGGGCUACUGCCUCAACAGAUAAUCUGCUUGAAGCUGACGAGGAGGAUGGAGAAACAGAAGACGACAUCGUUGAUGGUGAAUCUCCAAUCAAUGUGGACAAGGUCGAUGAGAAGCGUGGCACGACUACAUUCACCUCUAUACACUCGAUCAGGCAACUCCAAGAUGGUACCUGGCCCAACAAUCUAUCCCAAGCACAUUUCAUGGACAAAUCUGGUGGAAGUUUUGCGGUUGUGGGGACAUUUCCAGAGAUUCGUUGGUUUCUACGGCAAAAUCUCCCCCAGAACAGAAAAGAAAUGGUGGAAAGAGCUCAGCUUAGGAGUGAUGCUGCGGAACGAGAAUUCUCCCGUUAUGGAUCAUUCGGACCUAAUGUCUCAGCGAUUGAGGCUUGGGAGCGCUCUCCCGAAGGGGCUUAUCUCCAGAAUAUGGGGAACAUUGCACCAGAACACAUCUUCAUCAAUCUGACUCUGGAGCCGGAUCUCAUACCUUCAGAACCCGUUAUUGCGGAAUGGCAGCCCGAGUUUCAAUUGUCUGCCAAGAAUAUCCCUGACGAGAUUACUCUGGCCGUCUCUGAAGACGAUGAUCCUAAUCCUCCGGAGCAAACCUAUGUUGUGGAAGCACCUAGGAGGCGUGGAAAGCGCGUAAAGGACGAUAAUAGUGCUAGACCCCGCCGCUUUAUUAAGCGAUCCCAAGGCAAUUGGAAGCACCGUGUCCUUUUUCCGAUUACGAAACGAGAGACUGGACGAUGGAACAAGGAACGAGCAGUAGGAGCCACCAUUGGGAGAGAGAAAGAAACGGAGCUGGUUGUCGCUAUUGUGAUGAUUCGAAAACUCCUUGGUGGUGUCGACAGAAUCACUGACUGGGGUCUCUUCCUGAAGCUCUAUCCAGAGUGGUCGGUUGCAGGCAUCAGAAAGUUCUGGAUUCGGGUAACCAAAGAAAGAGCCAGCUAUAUUGAAGCACUCAGCAGAAAAUUCGAAGCAGCGUUUCUCGAAGCAUAUGAAAAGGGAGAGAUUGCCCCUCUGGACUACGAAGACCUUGCAAACUACGAUUGGAGGGCCCUGAUCAGAUGGGGAGUCAAGUUAAAGACUCACACAGGGGUAGAAUUGCCUACCACGCGCGCACAAUUCGACACGGAAUACACCAUGACCGAUCCGAAAAAGGACGAAGAGGACUGGCGGGAAUUAUGGUUUCAUUUCCAGACUUCGACGUGGGACCGUCUAGAUGCUGCAGCCAGCUUACCUCUGACCUUGCCGGCUACAAAAUCCUCCAUUACUGCUCGAGACAUGACAGAAGCGGAUUUGCAAUUGGCACGGUCUUGGGUCCGGGCUCUGUGCAAUAACAAGGAGCAAUCUACGGUGGGAAUGGAAAUUCGAGAAGAGUUGCUGCGGCGUGGAAACCGUGACAAGGAGUCCUUGGAUGAGCUUCUUGAGCGAGCAGUGUCGCAGUUGCUGGAAACCAAGGUAAUUUCCAAGCUAUUCGGCAAGGGACUCGGUCAGGUGUUCAAAUUGAAUAACCAUCUUGAACUCCGGCUCAAGAAGCACGCUCACGCAGACAAGUAUUCCCAGGCCAUUGCUUUCAAGGCAGAACUGGAUGAGGCAUUCCGCAGCGGCAGAGAUGUCCAUAUUCCCAUCAACUCCAAUGAUGGCACCAUCAUGGCCAUGAUCAACCUGCAGGCAUAUGGUCGGAUUCGACUCGAGGACGUCAAUUUUCCCCACAUACCGUUUGGCUUCGAGCCGGGAAACUACGAGGGCAGAAAGUAUCCGAAACGGUACUAUAUCUUUGAAGUCAAGGUGGUUCCUACAGAGAAUUACAUUAGCAACGAGGAUCUCCCUCUUCUCACAGCGGCAAUGAAGGUGCCUAUCCCGACAAAGGGGCCCCUUGGAGAGAUACCGAUCUGGUGUGACUUUUUUGGCAACAUAGAUCGUGCACGAUGGGCACAAUACCUUGCCGUUGUUGCCUUUGCCGUUUCAGUCAAAGGUCCACUGGCUGCAGACGGUUCUGUAGACCUACUUCAGCCCGUGGUUGAAGUCUUUGAAGCUCAGCUUAUUAUGGAUUGGCUUGAGGGCAUGGGUCUCAUAGACAGAGUUGCAGCCGGACAUGGUGCCACCGUCAGCGAAUGGUGGUGGCUCGUGGUUGGUGAUCAGGCAGUGGACAAGGGAAAGAGUCUCGAGAUGAGGUGA